AUGCACUUCUCUACCAUUCUCGCUAGUGUUGGCAUCUUGGCUACCGCGGUGUCAGCUAUCCCUCACAAACUCCACACUCGAGACUCCGGUGGCCAAAAUGUAGUAUACUGGGGUCAGGACACUAAUGUCCAGGACUUGUCCAAGUAUUGUACAUCUUCUUCAGGCAUCGACAUCAUUGUUCUUUCCUUCCUGUAUGAAUAUGGCAACGGCAAUACUAUCGCGUCGGGUACCAUCGGAAACCAGUGCUAUAUCUCGCCUGCCGGGGUUCCGCAGAACUGUGACGGCCUGGCAACCGAUAUCGAAACUUGCAAGUCUGCCGGAAUCAAAGUGAUACUUUCCCUCGGAGGUGCGGUUGGUGCCUACUCCCUGUCAUCCCAGGCUGAGGCCGAAACCAUCGGUCAAAAUCUAUGGGACGCAUACGGCAAUACCGCCGGCAACUCCAACGUUCCUCGGCCAUUCGGCAAGACGUUUGUCAAUGGCUGGGACAUGGACAUCGAGGCUUACAGUGGGAAUCAAUACUAUCAGUAUCUCCUGGCCAAGCUGCGAUCCAACUUUGCAUCUGACUCUUCGAACACCUACUACAUCACGGGAGCGCCACAAUGUCCCAUUCCAGAACCAAACAUGCAAGUGAUCGUCACUAACGCCAAAUUUGAUUACCUCUGGGUCCAGUUCUACAACAACCCCGGCUGUUCCGUCAAUGGCGACAUCAACUUUAACGAUUGGGUGUCCAACGUGGCCAACACUCCCUCGGCCGGUGCGAAGAUAUUCAUCGGUGUUCCUGCAUCCCCGCUUGCAGCCACUGGCACAUCGAGUGGCUCGCAAUACUACCUCGAGCCCACUUCUCUGGCAACCCUCGUUAAUCAGUAUAAGAGCAACUCGGCUUUUGGUGGUGUGAUGAUGUGGUCCGCUGGAUACUCGGACUCGAACGUUAACAACGGCUGCACUUAUGCCCAGGAGGCUAAGAGUAUUUUGACUAAAGGCUCCGCCUGCUGA